AUGGCAGUCGUUGCGAGAAUACAGGAUCAUGAUCCAAAGGCGAAGCCAUUUCUCGGUGGAUGGAGGAACACCGUUACUGGCCUAAUCUAUCACAAUGCCUGUACGCAAACACACGGCGGAUGUACAACGAAGAGUAGAAUUACGCAAACUAUCGCGGUUGUAGACGCGAUCACCAACAUUGUUCACGAUCAGGCGAUACAAGUAGAGUUUUUGCCUGAUGUGCGCGAUAAAAUCAUUUCGCCUGAAACGUUUUCCUUUCUAACACCGGCAAUGGAAGAAACUAAGCCGUUAGUUUGUCAAGAUAACAAUAGCAUUUUCGAUAGCGUUAUUAAAAUACAGAAAUAUUAUAGGGCUUAUCGAGCUAGAGCAAAUGCUCUCGAAGUGACUAACAUCUCUCAACACGACAAGGCGAACGUGCUCAAGCACGCGAGACAUUUGCAGGCACUAUCCGCCUACAACAGCAUGGAUUUUGUGAUGUUGAAUCGCCGUUCACCGCGAACUCGGUCGGACUUCGAAUCCCUCUAUAAUCUUCUCGAUCGUUGGCGAAUUCUCGAGAUUGAGCGGGCGAAUAGCACGCUUGUCGAGUCCUCCAGGAUCGCCGCUUGCGGCCUGAUCCUGUCCAAGGAGAUCGAAUUGUUGCGUGCGAUAGACUCUAAGAAGACUGCCGUCUGGCUCAAGUGCAAGGAACAGAAACGACGCAAACUUCUGGAUGAAUUGUCUAGACCCGUCGUCUGGCAGGACAGUCGUGGCCAGUCGAUUCUGGUGGAUACUCUACGCGUUCAACGAGCCCGCCAGCACAGAAACAUGUACACCUCGUUAGCCAACGAGAAUCUGUCCGUUUCGGAACGGAUCGAUUUACUGCGUGAUCUAAAACGCGUCACCAGCCUGCACAUAUGUAACCAAUCCCACGAGCUCGUUUAUCUGAUCAAUCAAGAACUGGAUCUAUUGGCAUGUCGAGUGGAUACGAGCAGACUCAACUGGCUCAGGAACCGACUGAAACUGAGCUUUCUCAAGUUAGCGCGUAACGCUCUGCAAGAUGACCUCGAAGAGGACAUGAAUAGAUUCGGUUGGGCGGAUACCAGUAUUACACGGCUCUGUAGGACUUGCGAUAGGCUUUUAUCUCUGGAGAAGUUUCCCCGCGAACAGCGAUUGCGGUCUUCUUCUUGCAUCUACUGCACAUCCAUGCGAACCCGGAGAGGUCCUCGCGUCGUGUACGAACUUUACGAAAGGAUGUUACGGGAAAUCAGGCGCUUCGAAGCAAAAAUGGGCUGCUACAGCAGUUUAGCCUUCGUGGUUGGGGCUAAAGUCGUUUGUCGUCUGGUAAACGAAGUCUGGCAUGGAAGAUCUGGUAUUUCCGAGUGCGACGAUCUCGACCAGCUGAUGUUGACUCGCUUUCGAAGCGAACUCGAAUGGGCGCCUUGGAAUUCUUUAUUAUUGACAAAGAACGAAGCUGCAAUUCAUCAUAAUAUCACUGAUAUCGAGGAUUUCUACGACUUAAUACUCCUGCAGAAAUUUUGGACGAAAAAUCUCCAGGCAAAAAUAUACUUCGAAUCGAUUUCUCAAACGCGAAGAAAUAUUGUGACACCAUCUUCUAUGGAAGAUCAAUAA